AUGAACAUUACUCCAAACAACCAAGUUAAUAAAUAUCAAAAUAUUGAAAAGGAAACAUCAUUUAAAUACUUUUUUUAUUGGAUUUAUUACGAGAACUCUGACUACAAUGAUAUAAGGAAUGAUAUUAAUCAUUUUUAUAAGAAAUUGUUCGAUGUUUAUAAAUUACUCUUCCUUCAUAUAAACCAUCAACAUAAUGAGAAUAUUAUAAAGGUUCAGUUGGAAAAACUCAAUAACCUAUAUAGUACGUAUAAGUGUUUUAAUAAUAUAGAAUAUAAGAAUAAAAAUAAUAUGGACGAUGAAUUCCUUAAUGCAGUAAAUGAUCAUUCUAGGCAACAUAAUACAAAAAUUAUCACUGAAGUUGAAGAGAAUUGUACAUCUCGAAUAUUAUACAACUGUCAAACUAGUACUGCCGUUCCUAUUAUAACUACGACUCUUGUAUCAUUAAUAAUAUCCUUCAUUGCAUUUAUUGUGUACAACAUUGCUCGAUAUGGCUCAUACUUAAAUCAUAGAAUUAUUAAAAUAAGAAAUUUGAGGAACAAAAUUGAUAAUGAAUGUAAUGUAUUUUAA